AUGAAUGUUUUCCAAACGAUACGUGAAUGGUUUUCAAUAGGCCAAAUUCAUGCGGAUGAACCAGGCGAAGAAGAAGGAGAAGAGCCGGAAGAAGACUCCGAAGAAGAGCCGGAAGAAGAGGAAUUAAAAGAUCCUAUGGAGGAUUUGCGUGAAGAAUGUACAAAUCAAAGGGAAAUUUCUAAGCUUUACGACAUUUUAAACGAUUGCAAUGACCGCGUCAACAGUAAAACUAAAACUCAAGAAACGUGCGAGCAGGAAUUGUUUGAUUUCUUGCAGGAGCGGGACAAUUGUGUAUCCAAAACGCUAUUCGAUCAUUUGCAAUAA